AUGAGACUGGCUCCAGGGAAAUCCUCAGCUCUGUCGAGCGUAUCUAAUGAAACUGUGGGCAGUAUAUGUGAGUGUGGCAUGUUUGGAGCAGACUCACCCUUGGAUUCAGCUUCUGGGCUGCUAGUGCUUCCAAAUUCAGAUCCUCUGGCAUGCUCGAGGAACACUACUUUCACCGCAAAACACCAGCCAUGAAUUGCCCUGAUAAAAAAAGGGAACUGUACAUAUUCACAGAAGAUACGAGCUGCUCAGCGAGAAGGAGCCUCGGCGGUGGUUAUUUACAACAUAGAUGGGACGGGCAAUAACACUGACCUGAUGGCCCAUUCAGGUGCCGAUGACAUAGUUGCCAUCAUGGUUGGCAAUAUUCUGGGCAAAGAAAUGGCUAACCUGGUAAAGAAUGGCUCAGAUGUGUAUGUGGAGAUCGUAGUGGCCAAUCCUCACGGCCUGUGGUACAGCUCUACAUGGGCAUAUGCGCUGUCCUUCACCUUCAUUGGGAUAUCAACCAUCACUAUGUUCGUCUUCGCUUUCCUGUUCAUCAAACGAAUGUACAGAAACCAGCAGCUCCGUAUGCAAGAGAGGGAGAUGAAGAAAGAGAAUGAAAAAGCAAUAGCAAAGUUAGAAGUGCGGACUCUGCGGACGGGCGACCCGGAGGUUGAAUCAGAGGAGGUGAGCUGUGUCGUGUGCACCGACCCAUUCAAACACAACGAACAUGUCACAGUUUUACCCUGCAGACAUUUAUACCAUAAGAAGUGCAUUGAGCCGUGGCUGCUGGAACACCCCACCUGCCCCAUGUGUAAAUACCACAUCCUCAAAUACAAGAUUGAUGAGGAGAGUGAUGAGCCUUCAUCAUCAUCAUCAUCAUCAUCAGGUGACACGUUCUGUCUAGCUGUGAUCAGGACAGAGCAGCUCCACACAUCAAACAGCCAAACCGCAGAGACAGCUCUUGGACAUCCUACAGACUGUGAUUACUGUGAGCCGGAGAUUCAGACACCACACAUUCAUGAGAACCCUGCAUUUGAAGAAGAACCGGAGAUGAUGGAGUAUCAGGACAUCAGCAGCCAACAUUAA